AUGGUUUCGUAUCUGGAGGGUCAGGUGACGCGGGAUGGGCGCAAACGCGCCCCGCGCCAUCUCUUCGGCACCAACUACCGAAAGCCGUUCCCGUGGAUCCGUGUCGGUCUCGGGCUGACCGUGAUGGCGGCAGCGGCGGACAUGGUCUACCGCCGUAUGAGCUACGUCUCCCCGCAAGAGCAGUUUGUCCGCAAAAUCAAGAUUCGCCCGUAUGGCGUUAUGGGCACGCAGAUGACGCUGCAGGGGUCUCUGCGGCAGGAAGGGCCGAAGCCGGACGACACAAUGGUAAUCACCGAUCCUUGCGAUCUCAUGCACAUCUUCACCUCCGCCGCUGGCGCGACGGGGACGUCGGGUGCCAUCUACAAGUGGGUAGGCCUCACCAAGGCGUUUCCGAACGAUGUAGUCAUGGCCAUGAGCAAGGUGGGCGAUGCAAAGCAUCAUCAGUACGGGCUCAAGGACAGCGAAGCGGGCGAGAAGCACGUGAUUCACGUAUUGGCUCCCGACUUUCGUGAGGGCAUUUGGUCAGAGCGUGAGGCGGCGAUAGAGCUCUCUCGGGCGUACCGAAACGUGCUACACGAGUACGUCGUCAGCGAGGGUGACACGCUGCGCAUGGUGCCCCUCUCGGAUGGCUUGCAGGCCGGCCCGCUGUACAACCAGCUUCCGGCCAUCACUCACUCGGCACUGCUCAUGGGGUUUGAGCAGUUGCACCUGUUUGACAAGGAGUACGUGCUGCGAGACGAAAAGAACAUUGAGCUGUGUGUCUUCAUGAAUCGCGAGUGGAACAUGUUCAACAACGCCUUUGAAAACUUGCCGGUGGGGCCGACAGGCUGA